CCCGGUGUCCCAGUAUAAAGAUGCCAGUCCCUGCAGUCAGACCGGGCUGGGAAUGGGAGGAGGAGGAGGAGGAGGAGGCAGCAGCCAUGGAGGGCAGCAUGAAGCAGGUGGUGCUUGAAGAGGAGGACUCGGGGAACGGCUGCUGCUGCCCGGGCUGCUGCGUGCCCUGCGCCACGUGCUGCGCCAAAUGCUGCACCAAAUGCAGCUGGUGCUGCACCAAAUGCUGCGCCAGAUGCGGCUGGUGCUGCGCCAAGUGCUGCUGCGUGCCCAAGUGCUGCCAGUGCCCCAAGUGCCCCAAGUGUCCCGGCUGUGCCAGCUGCUCCGGCUGCCUCAGGAAGGCGCUGUGCUUCGUGCCCCGGCUGCUGUGCUACCUGCCCCGCAAGCUGCUGGGCUGCGGCCGCCUGCGCUGCCUGCUCAUCGCGGCGCUGCUGCUGCUCCUGCUCGUGGUCAUCGUGGCCGCCGCGCUGCUGAUGUGGCUGAGCGUGGAGCAGCGCCGCGGCGACAGCGUGCUGCGGGCCGGUUUGUGGGGAGACGACGACGAGAACGCGGCCACUUUCUACCUGGACAGCGGCGACGGCAACGCGGCCACGGUCAUCUAUGACUACAGGAAUCUGCUGGUGAGCUACAGAGCCCGGCUGCACCGCGCCUGCUACGUGACCCGAGUGGACCAGGACAACAUGCCGGGGCUGGACAGCGUGCUGGAGACCUUCCAGCGCCGGCAGGCUGAGGACAAGAUCCCCAUGCCCUUGGCUGACCGCUCCAUGCUGGGCACCACGGCGGGCAUCCUCUGCAGCCUCCUGCCCGUCUACUGGGCUUAGCAGGGUGGGUGGGGGGCUGCGGGACCCCCGCCCACCCUGCAGCGCCCCCACAGCCCCGCUGGGGCCGCCCCCGCCGUGCCCAGCCCAAUUUUGGGGUCCGGGGGUGUCUGCGCUGUGCCAGGGGACAGCUGGUUUGUCACUUAAGUCUUCUCAGCUUCGCCAAACCCGAGUGCAAAAAUGAGCUUAAAAAAAAACCCGUGACAUUUAAAGGAAAACACAA